AAAUGGGUUCAGAAUAAGCAGAAUGUUUCAAUGAUUGCUCUUCUAAAUACGUGACUGCCUUUGUGAUUCGUAUGCUUACUAUCUGGCAAAUGUUCUAAUCUUAUGGAACCCGGGCCAGAUGCAGACUUGGAUGGCCUUAUGGCUUCUUGCGCUGAACUUAGAUAAGGCAUUGGCUUGCUGUAGGGGGAUCUCCUGUAUCCAUACCACAUACAAGUCAUGUCUGCUUGACUUGUGCACUCUCACAUCGAUUGCCGUCGCUUAUGGAAGCUGGCUUGGCUUAGAUCAAGAAUGUUUCGUCCUGAUCAUAUGCAUCUGCUCAGCUGGGCGCCGCAUUCUCUAUUAUCCGCAGUCCGCGAAAAUCAGCCCGCAGCUGGCGGGUUUGUGAACUUGUGAAUGAGAGCGUAUCCAGGUUUGAGAUGCACCAUAAUAGACGGUGUGACGAUUUUCUUCUCCC